AUGGUGCCCACCGCGAAGGUGCCUCGAAACAGGGGCGAGGAAGGAGGCGACGGGGAGAAUAGAAAGCGGGGCAGAGGGGGUGAGAAUGCACUUCCCAACGCUGUGAGGUUUGCCAAGGCCCUGAUCUUCAAGUCGGUGUUGUUCCUGAAGAGCCAGAAUGACCCACCCAGGUUUCUAGAUAAUCGACUGUUUGCGACUUGUUCUGAUGACACUACAAUAGCACUUUGGGAUUUGAGAAAGCUGAACACAAAAGUGUGCACUUUGCAUGGUCACACCAGCUGGGUUAAAAACAUAGAGUACGAUACCAAUACGAGAUUACUAGUAACGUCAGGGUUUGAUGGAAAUGUGAUCAUCUGGGACACAAACAGGUGCACAGAAGAUGGAUGUCCUCACAAGAAGUUUUUUCACACCCGUUUUCUUAUGCGAAUGAGGCUGACGCCAGACUGUUCCAAGAUGUUGAUCUCAACCUCCUCUGGAUAUCUUCUGAUUUUGCAUGACCUUGACCUAAACAAAUCUUUAGAGGUUGGCAGCUACCCAAUUUUAAGAGCUAGGAGGACUACAUCAAGUUCAGACAUAACGUCAUCAGGUUCGUCUGGUCCUCGAGCUGUUGGUUCACCGUGUCACCAGAAUGAUUCAGGUCCACUAUCUGAGAAACACAUGUCACGGUCCUCCCAGCGAGAAGGUGGAUCACCUAGAAAUAGUUUGGAGGUCUUAACACCAGAGGUUCCUGGAGAAAGAGAUCGAGGCAAUUGCAUUACAUCACUACAGCUACAUCCAAAAGGGUGGGCUACACUUCUUCGGUGCUCAAGUAAUACAGAUGACCAGGAGUGGACUUGUGUCUAUGAAUUCCAGGAAGGAGCCCCUGUGCGCCCCGUCUCGCCUCGUUGUUCCCUGCGAUUGACUCAUUGCAUUGAAGAAGCCAAUGUGGGCCGGGGUUACAUCAAAGAACUUUGUUUCAGUCCCGAUGGCCGGAUGAUUUCAUCCCCGCAUGGCUUUGGGAUCCGCUUGUUGGGGUUUGAUGCACACUGCAGUGAACUUGUCGACUGUUUGCCCAAAGAAGCCAGUCCCCUGAAAGAAAUCCGUUCCCUCUACUCUCACAAUGAUGUGGUACUGACAACCAAGUUUUCUCCAACACACUGUCAGAUUGCCUCGGGGUGCCUUAGUGGACGUGUUUCUCUGUAUCAGCCAAAGUUCUAGGCACAUUUUGCAUCAACAGGACCUUCAGAUGUUUGUGGUUUUUACUUCAGUUGAGUUGAAGUAUGUUCUUUCUGAAAUCUCUAAAUCCAGAUAAGAUCAUAGUUGCUAUGAUCUCUGAACACAACAGUGGAACGAGUUUCCAGCCCAGCACUGUAUGCGUUCUCAUACUGCAUUCACAAGUCUGCUUCUAUGCGCUGUGUUUUCAGCCUUCCAAGCAGACCUCUGCUCCUGCUGAUCCUGUGCCAUUGAGUCAUUGUUCUGGUUUGUUUGUACCAUAAUACUUGUUGAUAAUUUCCUUCAGUGCAACUUGAAGUGGGCUAGUUGAAACAAAUGUAGAGGGGGCAAGGGUAGCAGUUCAGCCAAAACUUGCCCAGGCUCCCCGGGUACAACGACAACCUUGUUCCAAAGGAGCUGGACUUUGUCACGUACACUUCCUUGGCCUUUUCUGUUGCUGAAACUACUAUACGGUGAUUAUGAGAUAAUGAGCUGCUUUUCUAUGAAACUAACACAAUUAGUUACUGUCACAAAAAGAAAAUUUUAUUUUCAUUUAUGUAUUAAUUUGGUAGUUUGUGAUUGGCUAGAAAAAUGA